UAUAGAUACCAAGUAAAAUAAUUUGCACUACCGGUCACCUUGCUAUUUGUGUAAGAGGUGUAGGAUUUGCGUAUAUCUUAAUUAUAAUGACUGCGUUAGGUGGUUUUAUGGAAUUUUUUCAGAAAGGAAAGACAUUUAGGCCGAAAAAGAAAUUUGCUCAUGGGACAUUACGAUAUUCGUUGCAUAAACAAGCACAAGCUUCGUUAAAUUCAGGAAUUAAUUUAAGAUCUGUUGUAAAAUUGCCACCUGGAGAAGAUCUUAAUGAUUGGAUUGCAGUUCAUGUGGUAGAUUUUUUUAAUAGAAUAAAUCUGAUAUAUGGUACUGUUUCUGAAUAUUGUGACUCUGCAUCUUGUCCAACAAUGAGUGGUGGAGCCCGUUUUGAAUACUUGUGGGCAGAUGGUGAAAAAUAUAAGAAACCUACUGCAUUGCCAGCACCUCAAUAUGUUAGUCUUCUUAUGGAUUGGAUUGAAGCACAAAUUAAUAAUGAAACCAUCUUCCCUGUGUCAACAGAUGUACCAUUUCCAAAGACAUUUGUGCCAUUAUGCAGAAAAAUUCUAACACGAUUAUUUAGAGUUUUUGUUCAUGUUUAUAUACAUCAUUUUGAUCGUAUUGUAGCAAUAGGAGCAGAAGCACAUGUAAACACAUGUUACAAACAUUUUUACUAUUUUGUAACAGAAUUUGAAUUAAUAAAUAUAAAAGAGUUAGAACCAUUGGCUGAAAUGACAGCCAAGGUUUGCAAAGAUACUGCAUCACCAACACAAACAACAGCACCAUCAAAUAAUGCUAGAUAG